AUGGCUCGCUACACCAAGCCGGGCCUCGGCGUGGGGGGGGAGCUGCUCGCCUGCUCCGAGGAGGCCGUCCUGAUGGGCCGCUGGGGGAGGAGCCGGGAGGAGGAAGAGGAGGAAGAGGAGCGGAGGAGGAGGAGCGGCCGACACACGGCGCCUCCCGUCACACAGGAAGUCCAGGCCACCGCCGCCGGGAGGGAGGAGGGGCGCCUAUCUGCUGCCUCGGCAACAGGGAGGGAGCUAUGUGUCACAGGAAGAGCAUCCGGAGGAGGUCAGGAUGGGGGGGGGUCCAGGGAGCGCACGGUGGAGGUGUAUCAGGUGGCGCAGGAGGAGGAGGAGGCGGUUGCUGUGGCAGCGGCAGGUUUGGCUCUGGAGCACUGCAGCGAGGAGCACAACUACUCCCUCAGCCAGGGGGGGGAGCCGGCAACAGGCCCCGGCCACGACUGUCCAACAGAGGAGGUGCAAGCCAGGGAGACGCAGCAGGAGGUGCGGGGCAUGGAGGAGAGCCAGGCUAAAACUGAGGACGACGAGCAGGAGGAGGAGGAGGGGGAUGAGGAAGAGGAUGAGGAGGAUGACGACGAAGAGGAGGAGGAGGAGGAGGAGGAGGGAGAGGAGGAGACGGCGGUGGAAGCUGAACUCUCCAGCUCCUCAGAAACUGAAUGUGAGGCGGAGGCGGAGCCGGCCCGGCAGCACGGCGAGCGGCCGGCGAAGCGUCGGUGUUUCUGGGAAUACAGACGAGCCCGAGACGCGGCCUCAAAGAAGAAGCUGGGCGGGGACGUCCACUGGUCCCUGUCCUGGAGCUCCAGCACUUUACCCAGCACGCUGUACCGCAGAGAAGGUAAGAAAGGACGCCGCAAAGCUCGAAAGACGGACGCCAGCGACCUCACGCCGAACCCCCAGAAGCUCCACAACAUCGGGGAGCAGCUGCAGAAGCUCAACGCUGCCAUCGACGGCAUGGGGCCGGUCAACGACCUCCCUGCCAUGGCCCGGGCCAGGUCACGCAAGGAGAAGAACAAGCUGGCGUCCAGGGCCUGCCGGCUGAAGAAGAAGGCCCAGCACGAAGCCAACAAGAUCAAGCUGUGGGGGCUCAACCAGGAGUACGAGAACCUGCUCGGCGCUCUGCUGCGGAUCAAGGAGGUGAUCAGGAGGCGAGUGGAGAGCAGCGAGGAGGAGGACACGGACGAGCGGGGGAUGACUCAGCGCCUGGAGGACAUCCUCCGAGAGUCCAGCGGGCCUCUAGUCGCCGGGCGGACCAAAGACUUUGUGCAGAGGAUUCUGGCAGCCAGUCAGAACCAGUGCAAGGAGCCGCUGGGGGCCGGAGACCAGGCAGCCGGGUAAACCCCCCCCAGCACCCCCCUCUCCUCUACAUCUCCUUACUCCACGACCCGGGGCGAGCUACUCGUCACCACCUCCACUCUCUCACUGUGUAAAAGGAAGAGGUGAAGCAGAGGUGGA